CAAUUUUGGCAUUAUGACAUUCUUGUAAAGUGCUUAUGUUUGGCUUAGAGAAAACCAAACUACUGAUUUACCUCACUGAGAUUUGUUUAGAAGGGUCUGAUACAGUGCCAUGUGGAGGAUCAGACAUGUUUGGCACAUGCAUUCAGCAACUUCAAGACAUUGAGUUUUGUAAAUGUUGGUUUUCAACAAACACCUUUGCUACCUCCAAGAGAAUCAAUAGAGGAUAAUAAUGAUCACAGAUUAUGGUCUGGUCAGAAAAUAAUAGCAGUAACAGCAGUUGGGUAUUGCAGUUGCAGAUAAGAUUGCUCAGUGGUGUAACCAGAUUGAGCUUUCAACACUGAUAGUUCCAAAUCUCACCCAUCUCAGGUAUGGUGUGUUAGAAAAACACUUUGGUUUGGUUUGGAGCUGAAGUUUAUGAUAUAUAUGAGUUUCUUUGUCACAUUGAUGAGGUAAAAAUUUCCCUCCAUUGCUACCCUUUUGACAUUUUGGUAACCUUUUGCUAAUUCUACAAGACACCCUUUUAGUUUGUGAAAAAUUUUCUGACUUGCAAUGUCACAAUCUGUAGUGUUAAAAGGGAAAAACUUCAGAUUGAACAAAAUUUGAGGUAUUUUCCUGCAGCUUUUCCCUCAGAUCUAAGCAUCUUGCUUCAUCAAAAUUUGCACCUUUUUUGAAGCAGCUUCAAGACUUUGGCUUUGAAGCAUUGAGUGUAUUCUGAGUCAAUGAUCAUGGAUAAAGCAUAUAAGCAUCAAAUCUGUUCCAACUUGGUCACUUUCCAAUCUGUCACCAUGGUUCUUGUUCUGGUCACAUCAUAUUUUUUCUUUUCAGCUUCUAAAUCCUUCCCUAAUCUUCUCACAAUACCAAUUGCCCUAUUAUCCACCAUGUACUUUCUUGUCACACUGAUAAGGAAAAAAAGGGACAAAGAAGAAAAUCUUGUCCAAAAUGGGCUACACCUUUUGCAGGAUGUUACUCAUAGUGAGGUUAACCAACAAAGUGAAACUGCAGAGAAUCAUGAGGAUGGUGAAUCUGCAGCACAUUCAGAUUAUUUAUUUCCAUCAGAUUGUGAAAGCAGCAACUUCUCUGUCAUGGAUGGAACUUUUGAGCUGAAUAUUGAAGAGCAUAGGCUACAAGAUGAUUUGGUGUCAGAUUAUUCUCUUCCAUCAGAUAGUGAAAGCAGUGAUGGCUCAAUAUUGGAGGAAAGUUUUGAGAGGCAUCAGAAAGGAAAUAAAAAUGAGGAUAUUUCUGAUAGCUUGGCUUCUGAUGAUGAUUAUGAGGGUGAGGAUGAAGAAGAUAGCCUGAUUGAAAUCAAUCUUCCACACUUUCCUGAGUUUGAUGAAGAUCCUAAGCAAAAGUUGCAAUCCAACUUGGCAGAUUCCAUUUUCAAGCAGCAAGGCCUGAUGGAGCUCUUAGCAGAAUUCAAUGACAUGAAUGAGGAUGAAAACUUGAUUGAGAUUGAUAUUUCCAUGGGGAUGCAGAUUUCAGAUUGAAAUUGCCAUGUUUUGAAGAUGAAUGUGUUGUUGGUGAUUUUGAUCUAAGUAUUUUAACUCUUUUUCUUGUUGAUGUUGAGGAGGAUUUUGUUCUCACUAAUAAACUUAGC